ACGCCCCUUCCAAGCGCUUGUUGAAUAGGAAUGACAAGGAAACAUGACAAGCGCUGGAGAGGAAUCUCAUAUACUGUUAUAAGCGCACUCGUGCUCGCAUCCCUUUACAUCGCUACGCCAACUGAAUGCCGCUGUAAAUCUGAACGGAGCCACGGGGAGAGCCGCUUGGGAUCCAGCCAAAAAUUACAACUGAAAGCAGAAACCCAGCCCUGCUUCGAUUACGCACCGAGAGAGGGAGCACGCUGAUAGUGACAGCGGCACCUCAACAACUCAUCUGCGAUCGACCGGGCGAUACUCGAUCCGUCUUCACUCGUGCAGCCUCAGAGGAUGUAGAGCUCGGCCUGCAGUCUCUGGCAUGUUCGUUUUCACGAGACUCGACGCAUGUGGCUCGUUUGAACAGGCAAUGCCUUCCUUACGCGUUUUGUGGCGCAAACUACAACAACCGCACGCGUACGCCAGCGAUUCGUUGUUUUACUUGUCUAUACGUGUGUUGAUAGUUUAAAAUGCCUAGGUUUUUGAUUUAAAUACUUUUGCACGGACGGAAAAUAGCGUAUUUGUCUGGGAGGAGCAAUAAGGAGCUCUGUCUACUCUUCCACGGCAGUAUCACGGAGCGUUAUUUUGAUGGAGCUGGAGAAUAUUGUUGCAAACACGGUACUCCUGAAAGCAAGAGAGGGUGGAGGAGGAAAACGGAAAGGAAGAAGUAAAAAAUGGAGGGAGAUCCUUCGCUUCCCUCAUAUCAGUCAGUGCACAGAAUUGAGCAAAACCAUUGAGCGGGACUACUUCAGUCUGUGUGACAAGCAGCCCAUCGGAGGACUUCUGUUCCGCCUCUACUGUGAGACGCGACCAGAGCUGCAGCGAUGCAUCCAACUCCUGGAUGCCAUGGAGGACUAUGAGGUGGCACCCGAUGAGAAGAGGAAGAGUCGAGGAGAUGAGAUCAUCAAAAAGUUUCUCACCAAGCAGUCCUCUGAGUGUGUAGAAGUAGCUGAAAGUCUUGCUGAAAGUUGCAGAGAAAAUCUAGAACUGAGCCCCUGCAAAGAGAUCUUCAGUGACUGUCGCAAAGCUCUUCAUGACUACUUAAGUGGUGCUCCUUUUGCUGACUAUCAGAACAGCAUGUACUUCGACCGCUUCCUCCAAUGGAAAAUGCUGGAAAGACAACCGAUCACAAAAGACACGUUUCGGCAGUAUAGAGUUCUGGGGAAAGGAGGCUUUGGAGAGGUGUGUGCGUGCCAGGUGAGAGCCACGGGUAAGAUGUAUGCCUGUAAAAAGCUGGAGAAGAAAAGGAUAAAGAAGAGGAAGGGGGAGGCCAUGGCUCUAAAUGAGAAACAGAUUCUGGAGAAGGUCAACAGCAGGUUUGUGGUUAGUUUAGCAUACGCGUAUGAGACCAAAGAUGCCCUGUGUCUGGUGCUGACCAUUAUGAACGGAGGUGAUCUGAAGUUUCACAUCUAUAACAUGGGAACCCCAGGCUUCGAGAAGGAGCGUGUACAGUUCUACGGCGCUGAGAUCUGCUGCGGUCUCGAGCACCUGCACAGAGAGUCUAUCGUCUACAGGGAUUUAAAACCAGAGAAUAUACUUUUAGAUGAUAAUGGUCAUAUCAGGAUCUCAGACCUGGGGCUGGCCAUUAAAGUGCCUGAUGGAGAACAGAUCCGUGGCCGAGUGGGGACUGUGGGCUACAUGGCUCCAGAGGUGAUCAAUAACGAGCGCUACGGCAUGAGUCCGGACUGGUGGGGAUUGGGUUGUCUGAUCUAUGAGAUGACCGCCGGCCGAUCGCCUUUCCGCGCUCGCAAAGAACGAGUGAAGAGAGAAGAGGUGGAGAAGAGGGUGCAGGAGGAAGAGGAGGAGUACAGCGACAAGUUUACAGAAGACACCAAAGCCAUCUGCAGGAUGCUGUUAGCCAAAGACCCCAAGCAGAGGCUCGGCUGCCUGGCGGACGGAGCUGCUGGAGUCAAAGCCCACCCCUUCUUCAAGAACAUCAACUUCAAGAGGCUGGAGGCCGGCAUUCUGGAGCCUUCCUUUGUGCCUGAUCCCAGGGCCGUCUACUGUAAGGAUGUUCUGGAUAUUGAGCAGUUCUCCACCGUUAAGGGUGUUAACCUGGACCAAACAGACAACGAUUUCUACACCAAGUUUGCCACUGGCAGCGUCUCCAUCCCAUGGCAAAAUGAGAUGAUCGAGACGGAGUGCUUCAGUGACCUUAACGUAUUCGGGCCUCAGGGGACGCGGCCCCCUGACCUGGAUUGGAACCAGCCUCCCGAGCCUCCUCGGCGUAGCCUGCUGGACAGGAUCUUUAGGAGACAUGUGAGGAUCUCCUCCACCACAGAGGAACACAAUAGUUAACUACAGACCAGCAUCCAGAGGUGACCAUCGCUCAAAGCCGGGUCUCGUCUUCCAGCGUCAACUCCGUUGACUCCAUGUCAAACUCUGCUCCCUAGUGGACAGACUGCUGCGGGACUACAGGAAACAAAAGCGAGUGAACAACAAAGAGAGGAAAGAAGGAGAUUGAGGAACUUUUCCUGCCCUUUAAAGACCGGUCACAGAGCGUGAAAGAGUCCGUUUCCCUUGCCUUGGCCCUCACUAUCCAUCCACGGCCCGCCGAGAGGACAGGAGACAAAACAAGCUCCCGUUUAAAGACCUUUAUUUAUCCGUUUUGUGACAGAAAGGAGAACAUUUAUUCCUUCACCUCACGCUCCCUCAGGAUUGCUGGAACUGUAAAGAGCCACUGACAAUGACAGAAUAUUAACUCAUAUUAUUCAGGGGAUUUUAUCGACAAAGAAAGGCCUCCGCAGGGAACGGGAAGGGGGCUUUUUAAAUGUUCUUUUGCAAAGGAAAGCUAAUAUAGUGACUACACACGCACUCACAAACACACACAACGUUCUUGUUUCCUCUCCAUCCCCCACACAAUACCUAUCUACCCUAACCCCUUUUUUUCUUUCCGUCUACACGUAACACCUCCAAACCUCAACCCAAAAUGUGCAUUGCCUUGCAUACUCUCAGGCCAAAAACAGCGCUUAUGAAAAGAAGACGUGUAUUUGAGCAUCCGUUGUCAUAUUUCGCUUCAGAGAGUGACGAAAGGCCUAAAAGCACAAGGAAAUAGGAGCUCAGUACAGCGUUUCCCCCUAUUUAUUCAGCACAUUUUGUAAUAUCACUGAAAAACAAACUCAAUCUAGCAGUUUCAGUCUAUUCACUUAAAACUGAGAAUUUUGUCAUGAUUUUCUCAUCCUCGUGUCAUUCCUAACCUUCUUGACUUUCCUUCUUCUGGUGAACAUAAGAGAAGAUAUUUGGAAGAAUGUUGGUGACCAAAUCGUUUUGGUGGACUGCACAAAAACAAACAAUGGAAGUCGAUGGGAACCCGAUCUGUUUGGUUAGCAACAUUCUUCAAAAUAUCUUCUUUUAUGUUCAACAGGAUCUAGAACGACAUGAGGGCGAGCGAAUGAUGAACAAAAGAAAUAAUUUUUAGGUGGAGUAUCCCUUUAAGACCGAAGACCGAAGUCCGUUAUCUGAAUCUCAUCUGAUCUGUUUGUCAGGCGUUGAACGCAAGUUGAAAGUAUCUCAGUUUUAGUCACUUCCUUUGUGCAUAAAGGCCGUUGGCAGUGGUGAAGGGCGGAGCCGUCUCAGUGGGCGUGGCCUUUGGGUAGGUAGGCCGUCCACCAGCAGACACACAGCCAAUCACAGCACAACAAAUCAGUCAGGGAGUCCUUCUCAUCUCAUCACAUUAUUCACAAGUUGCUAAUUUAACCGAUUUACAGAAAAUAAAACGGACUGAAAUGAUUACUUCAGCGUUCAUAAGCAAUUUGGUGUUAAAUCGGAAGACAUUGCUGGACUCUUUAAUCUCAGACUUUGCUGAUGGGUAAAAUGUAUAAAAAAUAUGCUAAAUUUGAAUUGCGGCAGCUCCAAGUGGAAACGGUGUCGAUCAUCUAAUAAUCCACAUCAUAAACACUGCAAGAAUCCCACAGCUGAGCACUUAGACCUUUUAGGACAACAAAACCGCUUCUCUUCCAGAUUUGGUGUUUAAAUAUGCCUUCAUUUCUUCUGAUAUCAACCACUACUAGACUGAAACUAGCAAAACUUCACACACACACGUUACACCAGACUCAUGAACUUUCAAACCUCAGCAGCCGUUUUCUCUUAUUUAUACCGUUUCCUUACUGGUAGGAAAACAUUUCAUCCAUCUUUCAACGGUAAAUGUACUCUUUUAAAACGUGUGCAGGAUUUCGGUCGUACGGACAUCACAAGAAUCCAAACCACUGCCCUUAAAAUCCAUUUAUCUCCCUGUGUAGAGAAGCUGUGAUAGUUUUGUAGUGUUUCUUAACGGUAGUUUAUCAGUAACCAAACAGAGUGACUCAAGAAGGAACGGAAUACAUAAUCUUGCAUUUACAAUACCAUUCCAAGGUUUUAUACACCUUAACAUAGUUCAUUAGUGCAUCUCGAGACAAAUCAAGUGUAUUUAAAAAUGGUGACUUGAAGCUAUUUCACGAGUAUGUAUGCUAAGUGCCAUGUAAUUUCAAUCAUUGAGCUGAUGUGUGUUUUACCAAAUGAUGCAUCAGUUAUGCCAUUAAUUUACCACGCUAGAAAUGUCCUCUGAAGGUUCGAGUGUAUACUUAGUGCAGGUUCUAACGUUUCAAUCUUCUCAUUUGAAAUGUGUGUAAUAAUAACUGGUUAUUGCAUAGAUUGCACUACACACUGCAUGGUCAAUCAACCCUUCGUGGAGCGGGACCAGUGUGUCUGUUGGUUUUGGGGGCUGAUCUCUGUGUAUACUUCGUGCCAUGCUGUUGUUCGCUGUGGUGAGACUCUAUACGCCACAUAGAUGUGAUGAGUCAAGGUCAACUUCAGGUGCAAUUCAGAACCGAUUCAUGUUAAUGCAUUUCUCCCAUUAAAAAAAAAAAAAAAUUGUGGCCAAUGUGAACAGCUUGUUCGGAAGUACUUUAUUUACUGUACCAUUACAGGGAUUAAUUUUGCCACUUUAGUGUGUAUCCAAAUUGGGGAAACGUUUUACCAUGGUGGUUUAGUUGAUACUCUGACAAAUUAUAGUCAUGUUAUUGAAUUUUCCCCAUGUAUGCAUAGGUAAACUGUGCAUAUUAUUUAUAUAAUAAUUCAUUAAGUGUUUCUAGCACUCAAUAUCAUUAAAAGGGACUGAUGUAAAUUGAUUUUAUAUGUUAUAUCAGUAAGUAAGUGUUCAUUUGAUCUAUGGAAACAAAGAUUUGGAGUCACAGUUGAUUAGCACAGUUCGUGUUAUUCAAACUAUUUUUUUUAUUUUUUAUUUUUAUUAAAAGCCUGAUGGUUUGAACUUUUAAAUUUAUAAUCUCUUGACCCUCUGAAGUAAUUUCAGUCUGUGAAGUUUAGACGAUUGAUGAACCUUUCCUCAGAGUGAGAGUUAAUGCAUUGCUUGUGUAGAUUUGCUUCAUGUCCUCCAUACAACGUGACAAACAAACUUGUGACAGAUAUGUAAUUGCUGCAUUAAAGGGAACUUGCCUUUAAAACAAUGACCAAACUAUAAGGGAACUGAACUGGUAUUUAUUUGGCAAGUAAAAACUGAAAUUUCUCGGUAGAGAAAAUCUGUUUUUGUGGAUAUGGCUACUGUUGGAUUCAUUUUUUUUUUUGUACAAGUCUUGAAGUGAGUUUUAACUACAUUCUGAGAAGAAGAAAAAAAACCAAUGAAGUGCCUCCUUUUUAGUGGUCUAGUCCAGGUUAGUGCCCAUGAUACAGUUUGCACUUUGUGCGUCACUUCAGUCAUUCACAUGACGUAAACAUGUACACGCACAAACACACGCACACGUGUUUUAAAGAGAGGUGUUGUACUGUGCUGAUUGCAUGUGAAGCCAAACCUGACAGAGUCCUUCUGAAUAAAAACCUGUGCUGGCCUGAACAGAACUGUGUAGUUCUUUUAGAAAUGUGAACGUGCUUGUAUUAUGAUCGCUUACGUGAAUGUCUUGAAAGGGAAACAUAAAACUUUUAAUAAUAAAUGGUAAGGAAUAUGGACUUAA